AUGUCCUUCAGUUGGGAGUUGCGUGAUGCUCCUACGGCUGGCAGUCUCAUCGGUUUCUCGGAGCUGGCCAGUGGUGAGAUCCAGGUUCAUCAGUCACAAGAGUCUGAGACCACAGUUUCUUCCCGGUUGGUGCUGCAGAAUGUGCGUAAACCCAAGCUUGACAAGAUGACACAGGCCGACCAGAUGGUGUACGUACGCUGUCGCGUUCGCCUUGGCCAGCAGCAGUACCGUUCAGUCUAUCUUCCGGUGCGUGUGUUAUCACCAAGCUCUGAGGAGCUGGCCGAAGCUGGUACACGCUAUCCUGGCUAUUGGAGUAAUGAUACCAGUCUACGUGCGGUUAUAAUGGAGGUCUCGGAAGAAAAUCCGACGCUUGAAGUGAAAGUUGGUGGAUCUUUGCAGCUCACGUGCAUGGCUGUUGAUGUACAAGGUAAACCCGCCAUGGACGGUGAUUUGACGUAUGGUUGGCUCUUCACUGGGCCCGACGGUGACACCUCAGUUGAGCCUCCAGCCUCCAGCUACUCGAUGCUC